AUGCUCCCAGCCGCGCAGCUUGACAGGAGUGGUGGGAUGUGUCCAUUAGCCGACACGCCCGCUCUGAAGGAUGCACAGAGGCUGAUCCAGUCCACAGAAGACGUCACAGCCGAGACAGAACCGGGAGGGCCCCACCGAGACCACCAGGGCCCCGGCAGUCCCAGGAUGGGAGUGGGAAAGAACAACACCCCCAAGAUGGACAGCAGCAGCGAGCCAGCCAAAUACGAAGAGGAGAGCAAGCAUGGAGCCGACUUCUACCCUAUUCCAGUGGUGGUGAACGGCGUGGGUGCAGCCGGCGCCGACCAGGACACCGAGAACACCGAGCUCAUGGCCAUUUACACCAAAGUGGACCAGGGCACAGAGAAGAGCUCCAUGUCCGAGACGCUGGACAGUGCAGAGAGCAUGGAUGCGAGAAGGAUGGACAUGAUCUACACCAUCGAAGACACUCCUCCCUGGUACCUGUGUGUGUUCCUGGGGAUGCAGCACUACCUGACCUGCUUCAGUGGGACCAUCGCCGUGCCCUUCCUCUUGGCUGAUGCCAUGUGUGUGGGCUUCGACCAGUGGGCCACGAGCCAGCUCAUCGGGACCAUCUUCUUCUGUGUGGGCAUCACGACCCUGCUGCAGACCACCCUGGGCUGCAGGUUGCCGUUGUUCCAGGCCAGUGCGUUCGCCUUCCUGGCUCCGGCGAGGGCCAUUCUCUCCCUGGACAAGUGGAAGUGCAACAACACAGAUAUCACGUCCAUGAACAGCUCAGAGCUCAUGCACACAGAGCACAUCUGGCACCCCAGGAUACGAGAGAUCCAGGGGGCCAUCAUCGUGGCGUCCUCGGUGGAGGUCUGCAUCGGCGCGCUGGGGCUGCCGGGGCUGCUGCUCAAAUACAUCGGGCCCCUGACCAUCACGCCCACAGUGGCCCUCAUCGGUCUGUCCGGGUUCGAGGCGGCCGGAGAGCGAGCCGGGAAACACUGGGGCAUCGCCAUGUUGACCAUCUUUCUGGUGCUGAUUUUCUCCCAAUACGCGAGGAACGUCCACUUCCCUCUCCCCAUAUACAAGGCCAAGAAGGGCUGGACGUCCUAUCGAUUGCAAGUUUUCAAGAUGUUUCCGAUCAUCAUGGCGAUCCUGGUGUCCUGGUUCAUGUGUUUCAUCUUCACCAUAACCAACGUUUUUCCUCCGGAGAAAGAGAAAUAUGGUUUUCACGCCCGCACAGACGCUCGGCCGGGGAUCCUGGCCGCGGCGCCCUGGUUCAAAAUCCCAUAUCCUCUGCAAUGGGGCGUUCCCACGGUGACCGCGGCCGGAGUGAUCGGCAUGAUGAGCGCGGUGGUGUCCAGCAUCAUCGAGUCCAUAGGAGAUUAUUACGCCUGCGCUCGCCUGUCUCUGGCCCCUCCCCCACCUAUUCACGCCAUCAACAGAGGGAUCUUCAUAGAGGGACUGUCGUGUGUUCUGGAUGGACUUUUCGGCACAGGAAACGGCUCAACGUCCUCCAGUCCAAAUAUAGGCGUAUUGGGAAUCACAAAGGUGGGCAGCAGGCGCGUGAUCCAGUGCGGAGCUGCCAUGAUGCUGCUGCUCGGCCUCGUGGGUAAAUUCAGCGCCCUGUUUGCGUCGCUCCCAGACCCGGUGCUCGGAGCGCUCUUCUGCACCCUGUUCGGGAUGAUUACCGCGGUGGGACUCUCCAACCUGCAGUUUGUGGACCUGAACUCCUCCAGGAACCUCUUUGUCCUGGGAUUCUCCAUCUUCUUCGGCCUCAUGCUGCCUAGUUACCUCAAGCAGAACCCACUUGUCACCGGUAUCGUGGAGAUUGAUCAAGUGUUGAACGUGCUGCUCACCACCGCCAUGUUUGUGGGAGGCUCCGUCGCCUUCAUUUUAGACAACACUAUUCCCGGCUCUCUGGAGGAACGCGGCAUCAAGAAGUUGAAACGAGGGGCGGGAGCCAGCGCCGCGGAGCUGGAGGGGAUGCGCUCCUACGACCUCCCGUUCGGAAUGGACUUCAUCCGCAAGCACUCGAUCUUCACAUACCUCCCCAUCAGCCCCACCUUCACAGGGUACCAGUGGGGCCGGCUGCGGAAAGCCUGCAGCUGCUCCGGACACGGGGCCAAAGCUCCAGAAACGGCGGCGGAGAGCGGCGUAUAG